UCAGGAAACGAAGUUGGAAGAGUUACAAAAGCACCAAAUUGUGUGUUAGGCUUCACCAAACAGACUCAGCUUAACAUUUGUCAAGCGGAAGGGCCAGUUGCCUUACACAGGAAGGAUUAAAGGUGAACAAUGACUCGAUUGAGAGUUUGUCAGCAAUUGCUUGGAGCCUAUCUGCUUAUCAUUCUCCAUGUUCAAGGGCAAAAUCUAGACAGCAUGCUUCAUGGCACAGGAAUGAAGACAAGUCCUGACCAAAAGAAACAAGCAAAUGGAGUAACACUCGCUCCAGAGGACACCUUACCUUUUCUUAAGUGCUACUGCUCAGGACAUUGUCCAGAUGAUGCUAUUAAUAACACAUGCAUAACUAACGGGCAUUGCUUUGCUAUCAUUGAAGAAGAUGAACAUGGAGAACCCACGCUUGCUUCUGGCUGCAUGAAGUAUGAAGGUUCAGACUUCCAGUGCAAGGACUCACCUAAAGCACAAUUACGCCGCACAAUUGAGUGCUGUCGGACUGAUUUCUGCAAUCAGGAUUUACAACCAACAUUACCACCACUUGAUAGUACAGAUGGACUUUUUGAUGGCAGCAUUCGUUGGAUGGCAGUGUUGAUUUCUAUGGCAGUCUGCAUAAUAGUCAUGAUCAUCUUAUUUAGCUGCUUUUGUUACAAGCAUUACUGUAAGUCAAUGGCAAAGAGGCACUGUUAUAAUCGGGACCUGGAACAAGAUGAAGCAUUUAUUCCAGCUGGGGAGUCAUUAAAAGACCUUAUUGACCAGUCACAGAGUUCUGGGAGUGGAUCAGGACUGCCAUUGUUGGUUCAGCGCACUAUUGCCAAACAAAUUCAGAUGGUGAGGCAAGUUGGAAAAGGACGAUAUGGUGAAGUGUGGAUGGGAAAAUGGAGGGGUGAAAAAGUCGCAGUGAAAGUGUUUUUCACCACAGAAGAAGCCAGUUGGUUCCGAGAAACAGAGAUUUACCAGACUGUUUUAAUGCGUCAUGAAAACAUCCUUGGUUUCAUAGCUGCAGAUAUUAAAGGCACUGGCUCCUGGACACAGCUUUACUUGAUUACAGAUUAUCAUGAAAAUGGAUCAUUGUAUGAUUUUCUGAAAUGCACUACACUAGACAACAGGGCUCUCCUCAAACUGGCGUACUCUGCUGCAUGCGGUCUGUGCCAUCUACACACAGAAAUUUAUGGGACACAGGGCAAGCCUGCUAUUGCACACAGAGACCUAAAGAGUAAAAACAUCUUAAUAAAGAAAAAUGGAACGUGCUGCAUUGCUGACUUGGGUCUUGCAGUCAAGUUUAACAGGUAGAUGAACAAAU